ACAGGGGCACCCAAGAUGGAAAUCCAGGGGCUGCUCGCGGCCCAGACCCCGCGCGGGAACCAACAUGGCGGCGGCGGCCGCGGCGGCGCCGCUUGUCCCCGGCCGCCUCCGCCGCCGCCGCCGCUUGCGGCCUCCCGAGCCUGCGGAGGGCCCGGCCCGCCGGCCGCCUCAGCCCCCGCGCGACGCCGCCUGCUCCUCCGGGGCCCCGAAGAUGGCGGGCCGCUGCUGCGGAGAGAGAAGCCACCGCCGCCGCCUCCGGGGGAGGCCUCCGCCUCCGCCGCCGACCUGAGCCUCCCGCUGUUGCUCCUGGAUGAGAAGCCGCCACCGCCGGGCCCAGCGGGAGACGCGGCCCCCUCGGCCUCCUCCCCGCAGCCCCCUCUCCUGGCGCCCGAGGCCGGUGGCGGCGGCGGCGACUCCUUCCUGGUGGUGUUCAACCUGGGGCGGGGAGCCGAGGCGGAGGCCGGCGCCGGGGCGGCCAAGCCGAGGCCCGGGGAAGCGGCGGCGGCCGCCGCGCUCAGGGACGAGGGCGGCGGCGGCGGCGCGAGCCCGGCCCCCUGCGCGCCCGCCCGACCCCGCGAGCAGCCCCCGGCUUUGGCGCCCUGCGGAGCACCGGCGCCCUGCGGGCCCCCGGCCGGCCCGGCCGCCGCCUUCUCGGGCACCAUCACCAUCAACAACCAGAACCUCAUCGUGCGCAUCGAGAACGGCUUCCUGACGCUGGCGACGCCGCUGGGCGCUGAGCCCGGCGCGGCCAAGACCGGCCCGCAGCCCCCGGGCCCGCCGCCCGCGGAGCCGCAGCCACCCCCAGGCGCCGCCGGCCCCGCGCUCUGUCCCUCCGAGCCGGCCGACCUGCCCCUGCCCGACCCCGUGGCCAGCUUCCUGCUGUCGGAGCCCGCGACCAAGGGCCCCGCGCCGCCGCUGCCACUGCCCCCGGGGACCGACGGCAACGGGGGCUCGGGCGGGCCAGGCGGCGGUGCGGGCGUAGUGCUGGUCUACCACUGCCCCGAGCCCGAGUGCCCACAGACCUUCCCCAAGAAGCACCAGCUGAAGCUGCACCUGCUGUCGCACAGCAGCACGCAGGGCCAACGGCCCUUCAAGUGCCCGCUGGACGGCUGCGGCUGGUCCUUCACCACCUCCUACAAGCUCAAGCGGCACCUGCAAUCGCACGACAAGUUGCGGCCCUUCAGCUGCCCCGCCGGCGGCUGCGGCAAGAGGUUCACCACCGUCUACAACCUCAAGGCGCACAUGAAGGGCCACGAGCAGGAGAACACGUUCAAGUGCGAGGUGUGCGCAGAGCGCUUCCCCACGCACGCCAAGCUCGCGGCGCACCAACGCAGCCACUUCGAGCCCGAGCGGCCCUACAAGUGCGAGUUCCCCGGUUGUGAGAAGACGUUUAUCACAGUAAGUGCUUUAUUUUCCCAUAAUCGAGCUCACUUCAGGGAACAGGAGUUGUUUUCCUGCUCCUUUCCUGGAUGCAAUAAGCAGUACGAUAAAGCUUGCCGCCUGAAGAUCCACCUGAGGAGUCACACAGGUGAAAGGCCUUUCCUGUGUGACUCAGAUGGCUGUGGCUGGUCCUUCACCAGCAUGUCUAAACUCCUGAGGCACAAAAGGAAACAUGAAGAUGACCGCAGGUUUACAUGUCCAGUAGAAGGCUGUGGUAAAUCAUUUACAAGAGCCGAACAUUUGAAAGGCCAUAGUGUGACCCACCUGGGCACAAAGCCAUUCGAGUGUCCAGUAGAAGGUUGCUCUGCUCGGUUCUCUGCACGGAGUAGUCUGUACAUCCACUCAAAGAAACACCUUCAGGAUGUGGAUGCUCUGAGAAGCCGCUGCCCUGUAUCAAGCUGUAAUAAGCUGUUCACAUCCAAGCACAGUAUGAAGUCUCACAUGGCCAAACAGCAUAACUUUAGUUCAGACCUCUUAAGCCAGCUCGAAGCUACAAGUUUUCUUACACCCAGCAGUGAACUUACCAGCCCAGCACAGAGCGAUCUUAGCAAUAUAGACCUCGUGUCUCUCUUCUCUAACGUGUCUAGCAACAAUUCUGCACUUACAACAGACAUGGCAUUAGUGAAUUCUGGAAUUUUGACAAUAGAUGUUGCUUCAGUGAGCUCAACUCUUGGGGGGAACCUAUCUGUUAAUAAUAAUAAUAACUCCCUGAGCCAGGCUGUGGACCCCUUGAUACUGGUGGCCAGCAGUGAUAUGCCCCCCAGUCUCGAUAGCUCUCUGUUGCUGGGCACGACUACCACAGUUUUGCAACAAAGCACUUUAAGUUUGGAUGACGUCCAGACCGUAAAUGCAGAAGCCUUGGGAUCUUUGGCAUCCCUGUCUAUGAAGAAUUCUGGUCAAGAUCUUCCUGCUCUGACAUCCAGCAAUAACCUAACAAUUGAGCCGGCCACCCUGACCCCGUCCAGCAGCCUCACUGGGAGCCAUGUUCCUGGACUCCUGACAUCACCCAAACCCGAACAGGACUUACUUCCCGCCUCAGACAUUGUCGGACAACAGGAAGGAAGCAAAGUGGUGACUCAGUUUGUGUUCCCCAACCCAACAGCAAGCUACAGUGCUCAGAAAGAAAUGGAUCUCAACACAGUGCCCGGGAGCUCAUUUUUGGAAAGUGGGGGCUCAGCAAGAACUGAUUAUCGAGCCAUUCAGCUAGCCAAGAAAAAAAAAGAGAAAGGGCCGGGAAGCAGCACAGGGUCAUCAGGAUCUACUCACAGGAAAUUAAAAGGUGGUAAAGUGAGUCCCACUAAUUUCUCCACAAGUCAUAGUAAUCGAUUAUGUGGGAAUAUGGUAGUGCCGAAUGGAGGCUUAACAGUACGAGAUCCAGCGACUGGAGCUCAGUUUGUUCAGAUUCAGUUAUUGCAGGAUGAUCCCCCUGGGGAUGGAGACUCACCAUUUCAGCUCAGCUCUCAGUCUUCCACAUCACAUUCUCAACUUACUGUGGAUUUACCUGUACACAUUCUUCAGGAACCCCACACUUCAGCUGAGGAUGAUGCUCGUUCUGAUAACUCACAGUUCACAGGAAGCACAAUAAACUUACAAGACCUAGAAUGAGACUAUUAAUAUUGCUUUGGGGUGGGGAGGGAUGCAAAGAGUGCAAUCAUGCUGUGGAAAAUGGAAAAGAGGUUUCCAGAGCUUAAGUUAAUUUAAUUUUUAAAGAAAAUGUGAAGAAGUUGGAGCUGAUACAUCGUUUUAUGGUUACACACGGAGAGUGUCUUCUAAGGACUCUGACGUAUCAAUAGGUGUUGUUUGCCUUCUGCUUGGACUGUUAGGAAAGGGUCCCUUGGGUUGGGUUGUAUGAAGCUGCCUUGCAAAAUAGAAGGGCUAUGACAAAGCAAGCACUUUGAUCUACUAACUUUCACCACUCUGGUUUGUGAAUCUGCCUUUCCAUUGUUGAACUCGAGUCACAAAUCAUUUAUCACAUUAAAAAAUGACAACUCUCGGGAGGAGGCAGAAAUUUAGGUCAGUCCAUAAAUACAAGACUAAUUAUCUGACCAGUCUCUGGGCCUUUAGACUAGAGGUAAAGAAGAUGCACUGAUGUUGAUGUAUUUGAGAGACGCUUCACCCCCAAGAGGCAGGCUGACCUGGCCAGCCUGCUGGGGCGCCCCUGAGGCCCAUCUGUUGAAUUGUAGGGGAUUGUUUUCUGAGAGACUGGAGACAAAACCCCCGGUCCUUGGAUUUGUUGUAUCUGAGGCGUUGCAUCCAGUGAGCGUCUGUCCGAUGUGUUGGCUGGCUCUUCUCCUUUCUGGAUGCCUGUGGGACGGUCAUGUUCCAAGUACUUGGACUGUGUAGGAUUAGACCUGGGAGAGACCCAAGGGGCCGCCUAGGCCAACCCAUUUACAGAGGAUGAAACUGAGGCUCAGAGGGUGUCAGUAGCAUUUGAACCUACGUCUUCCUGAUUCCAAGUCCAGCCCUCUGUCCGCCAUGCUGCACUGCCCAUGUUCAACAUGACAUUCGUUUUGCUGUAACAGAAGUGAAUGUGUGAGCCCCAGUGUUGUGGCACCAAGGGCCUGGGAUUUCUGUCUGGGGGUGCUCGCUCAGCCCCGUCUCGUCUCAGGAGGUCAGAGGCGAUGGUCCGAUGGGCCACAGAGCUAGCCACUCCACUCCACACCCAGCCCAGGUGUAUGAGGAGGUGAGGGCUUCCAGCCAUGUGACAUCCUUCAGUACACAUCCACCCUUUUGAACGAGAAGAGAAAGCGGGAUGAUGGAGUACACAUUGGAGUGGGCUUCUGGCCAUCCUGGUUUUCGUACCCUCUCGUAAAAUUUGGGCCUUAGAGUUUACCUUUUAAAAAAUUAAAUUUUGCAUUUGGGUAUUUGCAUUUGUGGGUCACUUGACAAUGGUUUCUAAAUGUCCUGAAUACCUAUAAAAUUACAUAUAGGAUUUAAGAGUGGUACGGCUUGUGGACCUUUCCUGUUGUGAGGUCUGAGGAUGUGCUUUGUAUAAUAUGUAUAAAUGGCAUUUUUUACAAAGGAAGCCAUGUCGUACAAAGGGACGUGAGUUUAUAAUCUUGCACAUAUUUAUUGGUUAUUUACAGUUAUGGAAUUCACACAGGGUCGUUCAGAAAUGCUUUUUUUUCUUGUGCCUUUGGAAGUCUAUGCUUGUGUAAAGAUGCUCUUUUGUUUCUCAGACCUGAAAGGAAUACAGAUUACUCCUACUCUGCAUUUCUUGAAUUUUUAGACUUGUGCUCUUUGGAGCAGUUCCAGCAAACCACUGCAACUCCUUGCCUAUCCUGCUGCCGGCGCUCCCUGAAGCCCCCUGAGCCAGUUCUAGCUGGGACUGUUGCCCUCUUGUCCCCCUUUUCCUGACAGACACUCCUCUCUUGUGGAAUUGCAUUUUGCCUCCCUGGCUGCCUGCCGAUGCUGGCGUGGCCAGAGAAUGGCCUGAUCCGUCCUCUCUAUGAGCCCAGAUCCUCCCUUUGGGGGGAGGCUUGUGGCUGAUGGGAGGGGUGUGUGUGUGUGUGUGCGUGUGUGUGUGCGCGCGCGCGUGCGUGUGUGUGUGUGUGUGUGUGUGUGUUGCUUACAUAGGACACAUACUAACCAGUGGUCAGAUUUUUCUUGGCUUUUGAGGUCCAUUGCUGGCAAUGGCUAUGAGCCCUAGUGCAGAUGAAUUAAU